CGCAAACUUCACCUUCCAUCCCCGCCGCACACGCGACCCACCACCAACGACGCCACCGCCGCCACCACCAACAGCAGCCGCGGCAGCAGCUGCAAGACAGGAAGGGCACCACCACAAAACUACGUGCCGCAGCGGCUGGACGCACGGGCACGGGCUCGCAGGUCGCAGCCGAGAAAAGCGCAGCCUGCCACGACACGGCCACCUCCUCGUCCUCCUCCUCGCCUCCCCCUCGUGGUCUCCAAAAAAAAGUUUAGUAAAAAAAGGAGCCCCCAAUCCCAGCCCGAAGGCGCACGCCGCACGCUCACGAGGGCGUUGGAUCGGAUCAGCGUCGGCGAGCGCGAGAUGUGGGAGUCGGUGGCGCUGACGCUGGCCGGCACCGCCGGCAACAACAUUGGCAAGGUCAUCCAGAAGAAGGGCACCCUCAUCCUCCCUCCCCUCUCCCUCAAGCUCAAGGUGAUACGGGCGUACGCGUUUAACCAGUUCUGGAUCAGCGGGUUCCUAAUGGACAUGUGCGGCGCCGCGCUCAUGCUUACCGCGCUCUCCCAGGCGCCGGUCUCCGUAGUGCAGCCGAUUGCCGGGUGCGGACUCGCGAUACUCUGCGUGUUCUCCCACUUUUACCUCAAGGAGGUCAUGAACGGCCUCGACUGGCUCGCCAUCACGCUAGCCGGUCUUGGCACGAUAGGAGUUGGCGUUGGAGGUGAGGAGCAGAAAGUGGAUAAGAUCCCUCUGAUCAAUAUACCCUGGCUAGUGCUUGCAAUUGUCAUCUUGUUUUUUCUGCUCAACACUUGGCUUCAUAUGUACAAAAAGCAAAGGUGUGAACAAGAGUUGACUGGACCUGAAGUGAUCGAAGAGGUUAUAUACGGCUUAGAAUCAGGCAUUUUGUUUGGGAUUUCAUCAGUGAUCUCUAAGAUGGGAUUUGUGAUGUCCGAAAUGGGCUUUCCGAAGAUUGUUGUGCCGGCUGCUAUUUCUUGUAGUGCUUGCUGCAGUGCUGUGGGAUUUGUUUAUCAGACUCGAGGUCUCAAGCAUGGGAGGGCAAUUGUUGUGUCUACAUGUACAUCGGUGGCAUCUAUAGUGUCUGGUGUUGUAGCUGGUAUGGUUGCACUUGAUGAACAUCUGCCUCAAGCUCCCACAGCCCGACUUUUUCUCUUACUUGGAUGGUUCUUUAUUAUCACAGGAGUGAUACUACUUGUUAGUUCAUCCCGAUUGAUUGCACGUAUACCUAGGCCUAUGCAGAAGUUUUUGAAGAGUAACAUGGAGCGUACCCACAGCAUCAGGAGGCCUGGUUCAGCACGAGGGAAUGACCCCAUCCCAAGCACAACCAUCCAUGCAUCGUCAUUACAUCUGCUUACUUCUCCAGCAAAAGAGAAGGCCUAGCAAAAGGAUGCUGUUGGGAGUGUCAUGUGAGUGACUAAGGUAGCUGCUCUUACUACUGCUAUCUCCUAAACGAAUGCAGUUGCUACACAACAGGCUCAGAUUUUCCUUGUGGAUAAAUCCUUUAGUUUUGACUUGUCACGGUCAAGGUAACAUUCUCGAGUAAACAGCUUUCAGUGUAAAUUGAUUUCACUUCAAAUAGGACAAUAUCAUUGUCAUGUUAGAUGUUAACAGAAAGAAAAAUUCUACCGAAAGUUCCAUCGAUCAAUUUCACUUGGCAAUCAUCUGUUAAUAGAGCAAGUAAUCAACCCUAUCUAAAAUUGAAGAAAAUUAUCCUACUCUAAUAGUAUUUAUAGCUGACAUGAUAAUAAUAUAUUACUUAUCUAAUAUAGAACUAGUGCAUACGCCAAAAAAGGAAAACAAUGAAAACAAGGGACUAAAACGGAAAGCAACAAAAUCCAAAAGAAUAGGCCUUUGGGCUGUACUGUGUUUUUCUCUGGGUUGUACUAUGUUAAGAAAUAAAAUAUGUGCGUGCUUUAUGGUUAAGCGAUAAGAUUAUGAAGCAAAAAUUUCUUUGCUUUGACUUCAUGCUGAAGCUAAGCUUGUUAUGUGCUCCCUCCAUUCAUGAACAUUUGUAACCGUUGUAUCCGUCUGAUCGAUCUUUGAUGGAAAUUUUCUGGCGCACAUGCUAAUAACUAUAGUAAGUCGUAAAAAAAACUUACAAUUGUACAAUAUUAUGAAUACAAAUCUGGAUCAAAUACAAUAAUAUCGUUCUCAUAUCAAUUAGCUAAUAUGCUGCAUAAAGUUCGAUCAGUCAAUGUCGAUGACAAGUAUUCAUGAAUCGAGCAAAUAACCUAAGUUUCCAUAAAAAAAUCUAAAGAAAAAGAUAUCUGACCCUCUGCCACCGCAUCAGCGGGAUAGAAUAAUAUAGUACUCCAAGGCAGCACCAUUGCGUACACCAAGCAAUAACCGUCGAGGAACAGUCCACCAUGGCGAUAGAGUAGUGAUGAAAAGGUAUUGAAAAAGUUCUAAAUUAUU